ACGGACUCGACCUUGGGGGAGCUGGGGGUGGCGACGACCAACAGGAAGCUCUGGCGUGGGCUGGUCCAUGAAGUCAUGAAGAGUCGGAAGCGACUGAACAAAUAACAACAUAAAGACUCGAUAAUUGUGUGUAAAGGAAAUAAUUCAUGUCAGUUUUCAUUUGCCUGAUGCCCCAAACCAGAUACUUUGAAUUACAUCUUGCAUUUUCUCCAGCCAGCAUGGCCAUUCUCUUUGAUAAGAGGAAUUUAGAUAAGAUGCCACUUUUUGGAAACACAUUCAGUCCAAAGAAAACUCCACCCAGAAAAUCAGCCUCACUUUCCAACCUCCAUUCGCUGGACAGAUCUACCCGUGAAAUUGAGUUGGGCUUAGAGUAUGGAACCCCUGUUAUGACGCUUACUGGACAGAGUCUGAAGUUUGAGAAUGGCCAGUGGAUAACUGAAUCAUUUGGAAGCAGCGGGGACCGCAGGGAGACACAGCGUCUUCGCAAACGGAAUCAGCAGCUGGAAGAAGAGAACAAUCUCCUUCGGCUGAAAGUGGACCUUUUGUUGGAUAUGCUCUCUGAGACAACUGCUGAAUCCCACCUCAUGGAGAAGGAAUUAGAAGAACUGAAAAAUUACAGCCGAAGAAGAAAGUGAAGGCAAUCACUAGGAGAUGGGGGAGGAAAGAGCAGGCAAAUAUGAUUUAAAGCAGUGAUACUCAUUGCUGAUGAAGUCACGUCUGCCUUGGAAGACUUUGCUAUCCUGGACUCUUUAUAGCCAGGGUCCCAAGUAAGAAAUAUUAGUAAGUUCCAGUGCUGUCAGGAAGCUAUUAUCUACUUUCUCCUCUUUUUUGUGAAACUUCCAUCCAAGUGCUCUUAACAUUUAUUUAUUAUGUUACUAAUAGCUGGUGAUAUAUGUCAUCUUCCCAAGAAGAUAGCAACCAUUCUGGAAAAUGGGGUGAACAUUCCCUGCAGUCUAUCUCAGGACACUUACUGAUAAUGAAAUAUCAGUUUAUUAAGCCAGAAUAUGUACAUGUGGCAUGCACUCACUUUCUUCUCUUUAUGUGAUUGUAAAACAAGCUAGAAAGCUGAAUUUACCCAUAAUUCAUCAGACUGAAAACAUGGUAAAUUGCUUCUAAACAAGUCAGGACUGGAAGUCAGCUUUCGAUUAUAAAUCCUGACUAUAACUUGGAAGUUCUUAAUUCAAGCUUAACACUUAACAUUUUGGCUGAUGCCUGGAUUCAUGUUCAUUAUUCAUGUAUUCUUUGGCAUCUGGGAAUCUAAUGUUUGCGGUGCAAAAUACCUCUGGACUGCAGUUUCUGCCAAUGAGCUGGUAUAUGACAGACAAAAUAGAUAGCAUACCACAUCUUUUCAUGUAGUUCUUGUGAAGGACUUGUUGUUAUAGGAGGUAUCACAAAUGCCUCUACACUUUUUCCUAAAAUUAUAUAGUACAGUCACCAGUGAGAUAAUCUUACCUAUGGCAUCAGAAAAAGGACAAAUCUUGAGGAACCUUAAAAGCUAACAAAGUUGUUAAGACUUAUAUUGUCACUUGUUCACAGAUAUAAAUUUUGAUGACAUAAUACAUUUAUCUCAAAAAUGGCCUAUUUAGGUACAAUUCUACAAAAAAUACAUGGACCUUAGUUGCCUUACAUACUACAAUUUACUUGUGAACUGCAAGAACCACUGCUUUAUUUUUGUAUCUUACCCAAGCCUGUGCUGUACAGCCUUAUUUCUAUAAACUUCACACUGAACAGCCAAUUCUUAUUAUUUCUGUUCCUUAGUUUAUAAUAAAUCACUUCUUGCGGAAUUCUAUGCACUAUACCUUUAACUGUUAUCUGAGGGAGCAUGGGGGACAUUUUUUUCCUUUUAAGUUAUUUACUUUUGUACUAUUUGCAGAUACAUUUAGACCGUUUUAAAGACAAAUGUUGAGUUGAAUUGCUCUUUAAGUCUAUUUUUAUAUUUUAAAAUAAAUAUUGGUUCCCUGUUGGCUUUUUUCAUUAAUUUUCUAUAUUAAUUACGCUCCUGUGUGUGUUUUUCUUUUGGUACAGAUUAAAUACAGGAAAAGUGGCCAUUUUCAAGAUUAAUUCAACAGGAAAUUAUUAACUUUACAGAAAGCUACACAAUAGCAUUAUAAUGUUGACUGGGAUGGAUGGAUGGUGCUAAGCUAUGAUUUAUAUAACCAUAAUUUAUUGAAUAAUUUACAAGUGGCUGGCUUUGUGCAACAUAUCAUAAAUCAUGAUUUGAAAGGCUGGAUUCAUACAAUAUGCUAAGCCAAAAUCACACAAACCACAUUAUGACUUAGAAUAUAUGAACUCAACCAUUAAAGU